AUGGAAAUCUUCACCAAAAAACUCAACAAAACUGAUCUUGAGAGAAGACUGUUGCUUUCAGAAAACUAUCUAAAAGAUUUCCCAAGAGACCAUGAAGCAAAUUUGAAUUUUAAGGACGAGGAUGGGAAAGUGUGGACAUUUCGUUGUAGAGUCCCACCUGGAAGCCAUUCAAAACCAGCCCUUUCUGGGGGUUGGUUUUUAUUUGUUCGUGAAAAGGGUCUCGGGAUCGGCGAUGUAAUAAUCAUCGAUGAAGGGAAGGAUAUAGCAGCCGGAGGGCAUUUCAAAAUCAAGCUAAUCAGCAAGAUGGAAGCAGCUCCAUUUGUGAGUAUAGUGCAAGUCUUGGGUCGGAAUCCUUUAGAAUCUGCAACGCUUGCAUUGAAGAUGUGA